AUGAGGGAGCCUGGGCCCCGGCAGACUCGUGCCUUCGUGGAGAUGAGGACGUUUCUCUGUUCCCGCGUCGCUCCCCAGCUGGCCCGGCUCUCCCUGACUUUGUCUGUCCUACAGCUGACGCCGGGUGGGAAGGCAGCCCAGGCUGGCGUGGGAGUGGGCGACUGGGUGCUGUCGAUCGAUGGGGAGAGCACCAGCUCCAUGACACACAUCGAGGCCCAGAACAGGAUCCGCGCCUGCGGGGACAGGCUCUGCCUCACCCUGAGCAGAGCCCAGAACCACCUGGGGAAGCCGCAGAAGGACUCACUCCCCUGCUCUGAACCCCUGAAAUAUAACUUCGCUCCCAGCACCGCCCUCAACAAAACAGCUCGGCCCUUCGGGGCCAGCUCGCCUCCGAACCCACGGCCUGGGCUGGUGACGAAACCCGUGACGUACGCACCCCUGGCGCCCGCCUGCACCCCCCAGCACAAUGGGUAUGUUGCUGUCCAUCCUGCUCCCCAAAGAUCUCAGGGAGCUAGCUUCCUGGCCCUGCUGCGCCUUGCAUGCCAGGCACCCAUGGGUGGGAGCGGGCGAUGGCAGCCCCCGCAGCCACUGGAGCCCCCCAGCACCCCCGUGUAUGACCCUGUGAAGUUGCGGCUGAUAGAGGAUGCUGAGGACUGGCAGCCCCGCACCGGGACUUCCCAGUCCCGCUCCUUCCAGAAACUGGCACGGCUGACGGGCACAGACAGCAUGGAGGAUCAUGAGGAUGAGCUUGUUAAAAAGCCCAGGCAGCCCCCACAGUCGCCUGAGCCCCCGAGCACCCCCGUGUGUGACCCUGGGAAGCUGCGGCUG